AUGUCAGAUGCUCCCCCAUCACUACCGUUGGCACCGAACGAUGUUGCAAAAGAAGGCGAGGCUGCGCAGACAGACGCAGCAACCUCUAGCACCGUGGAUCUCCCUCCCCCUCCACCUCUUGACCAGAGACAAGCACAGACUGGCACCGCGCCUGUGCCUGGUACUACUCUCGAGACCACAAGCAGUGUUGAGCCGGGUAAACGAUACUUACUCCCUCCAAUCCGGCCCGAGUUCAAGGGCAAGAAGUGCCUCGUCCUUGACUUGGAUGAGACGCUGGUUCACAGUAGUUUCAAGGUUCUCCACCAGGCUGACAUGACGAUCCCGGUCGAAAUUGAAGGCCAAUAUCAUAAUGUAUAUGUCAUCAAGAGACCUGGUGUUGAUGCUUUCCUGAAGCGAGUUGGCGAGCUAUACGAAGUGGUGGUAUUCACCGCAUCCGUAUCAAAAUACGGAGAUCCUCUACUGGACAAGCUCGAUAUCCAUGGCGUCGUUCAUCAUCGUCUCUUCCGUGAGAGCUGUUAUAAUCACCAAGGAAAUUAUGUGAAGGAUUUAUCACAAGUUGGGCGUGAACUCAGAGAAACAAUCAUUAUCGACAAUUCGCCUACAUCCUACAUAUUCCACCCCCAGCAUGCUGUGCCGAUCAGCAGUUGGUUUUCCGAUGCUCACGAUAAUGAGCUGCUCGACCUCAUUCCCGUACUCGAAGACCUGGCAGGCGCCCAAGUGAGUGAUGUGAGCAUGGUACUCGACGUAUCUCUAUGA